GCUGUUCUGUGCUUUGCGUGGUGUCUGAACUGUCUUGAGGUACAUCUGAGGUCAGUUUUGCCUCGGCUCACUAUACAUGGCCUUACUUAGAGAGCCACACUCCACAGGAGGAUGCAGUGUGCUCGCAGUCCUGCCAGUAGGAGCCAUGGUCAUCACAACCUUGUCCACUGGCUCUACCAGGGUAGCCAGGUGGCGCGAGCGGCGACCUAGCCUCCCACCUUAGGAUCCGCCCCUAAAAGCCAGGGGGUGAGGCUUUGAAGAUGCCCCGCCCCUUAGCGCUCCUCGGCUGCUGGGGGUGUUCCCGGAAGUCGAUGUUUUCACACUCCUGGAGCUGAUUGGCUGGUUGGAGCCUUGUGCAUUCCAUCGGGAUCCCCGGGGCUUGCCCGCCGGAGUAUGGCUUCUUCAAGAAAAGGAGUUCGCCAGCUUUUGGGAACUCUGCUGCCACCCAAGGAACCGCUGGACGAGCUGGAAGUGGACUGUCUGAAGGAGGACGUGGAGGAAGACGAGGACCCAGUAUUUAUCGAUGCUGAGGAGCUCUGCAGUGGGGGCUUAAAAGCAGGCAGCCUCCCCGAGCGCCUCCAUGUUGUAAUUUCUGAUGAGAACACCCAAGAACUAUGUCAUGUGUUUGGACGUUUUCUGAUGACAAGUCCUUGGUGGCAAGUGAAGAUAAAUGUGAAAUCUGUGGGAUUGAAGAAGUAUCAAGCUCAAGGACUUCCAUCUUACUUUUUACAGUAUGACAUGUCACCACCAAAUCAAAAGCAUAUAUGUUCCCUCUUUCUUAAAGAGUGUUCUCUCCCCUCUGAUACAAUAAGUAAAUUUUUAGACUGGAUAGAUGCUGUAUCAGGCUAUGAGAACCUCAAUUUUGGAAAUCUUCGAGAUAAAUUUAGAACUUUUCAAAAGGAAACUGAAAGGAAAGGUCAAAAGUGCUCUCAACGGAGAGAAGAGAAAGAGGUGUUGUCAGAUGAGGAGACCAGUCUUCUGGAAAGUGCAGUUCCAUUUAGAAAUGUAAUGACAGCUGUGCUGUUUCCAAGAAUAAUGGAAUUCCUCCCAGUUCUUCUACCUCGACACUUUAAACGACUGAUAGACUCAAGUUCUACGAUACUGCAAGCAAUAGAAAAUAUUUUAGCUACAUGCCCAUGGAAACUUGGAUUUGCUAAAAUCGCUUUCAGAGAACUGAAUCUUUUGAGGUGUGAGGCAAGCUGGACAGCAUUUUGUCAAUGCGAGGCUCUUCUGCAGUUGAUGACAGACUUGGAGAAGAAUGCUUUAAUUAUAUAUUCAAAGCUGAAGGAGAUCUGCCGAGAACAGGGGCACACAUACGUUGAAGUGGACGACUUGACUACUCAGCUGUCAGAGCAAAUGUUUUAUUCUCACGCUUGGGACUCUCUGAAGUUUUUGAAGGAUACUGGUGUGGUGACCUACGAGAAGAACUGUGUCUUUCUUUAUGACCUCUACCAGGCAGAAAGGGGCAUCGCCUCUUCAAUCUGUGACCUGAUGAUGAGGCCUCCAUGGCACUUACGUGUCAAUGUCAAGAAGGUGCUUGCUUCUAUUCAGGCCACACAACCUGAGGCGUCUGGCAGUGGUGAUACCGUGAGUGGAAGCCCACCUGAUGAAGCCAGAUCAGAGAAUUCUGCUGAUGCUCUGGACACCCAAGACAAUGAUAGUAACUGGAAUAAUGUAGACAAUGAAGUGAGUGCAGAAAUCACAGAAGCUCAACUAGAUCAGGAUCAGGUGACUGCACUGGAAAUGAUUUGCUCCAGUUCUGUGACAGUCAUAAGUGGGAAAGGUGGCUGCGGGAAGACCACCAUUGUCAGCCGUCUUUUCAAGCACAUAGAGCAGUUAGAAGAAAGAGAGGUAAAAAAGGCUUGUGAAGAUUUUGAGCAGGAUAUGGAUGCACCAGAAGAAUGGGUUACUUUUACUGAGGAAAGUCAGCUGACAACAGACAAGGCUAUCGAAGUUUUGCUUACAGCUCCUACAGGGAAAGCAGCUGGCUUACUGAGGCAGAAGACUGGUUUACAUGCUUACACACUCUGCCAGGUCAACUAUAGCUACUACUCAUGGAAGGAAAAAUCCUCGACCAAGGACAAACCAUGGAAGUUUUCCUCCAUCAGAGUUCUGGUUGUGGAUGAAGGGAGUUUGGUGUCUGUAGGUAUCCUCAGAUCCGUCCUACGUUUAUUGUGUGAGCACUCCAAACUUUCUAAGCUUAUUAUCCUUGGUGAUAUUAGACAGUUGCCUAGCAUUGAACCUGGUAACUUGUUGAAAGAUCUUUUUGACACUCUUAAGUCAAGAAAUUGUGCUAUUGAACUAAAGACAAACCAUAGAGCAGAAUCUGAACUAAUUGUGGACAAUGCUACAAGAAUCUCAAGACGUGAAUUUCCAAAAUUUGAUGCAGAAUUGAAUAUCUCUGAUAAUUCAGCACUCCCACUCUCAAUUCAAGAUAAAACAUUUAUUUUUAUCAGACUUCCAGAAGAGGAUGCCAGUUCUCAGUUAUCAAAAAGUGAUCAUCGUUCUCAUUUAUAUUCUGCGGUAACAACUUUACUCAAGGAAGAGGACCUCAAAGAUGCAAAAACAUCACAAUUUAUUGCCUUUAGAAAACAAGACUGUGAUAUCAUCAAUGCCUGCUGUUGCAAGCACUACACAGGCCAUCUGAUCAAAGACCACCGGAAUAGAUUUGAAUUUGGAAUUGAUGAUAAAAUUUGUUGUACCAGGAAUGCAUAUCUUUCAGACUUACUCCCUGGAAAUACCCUUAGUAGUCAACAAAAUAAUGACCUAGAGGCCAGUGGUAAAGACUUUAAUGCUACUCCACAAGGUUCUACUAAUAGUAAACAUGACUUUGAAAGUGGUCUUCGUCUCUGCAAUGGAGAAAUAUUUUUCAUAACAAAUGAUAUAACUGAUGUAACUUUUGGAAGGAAAAGAAUUGUGACCAUUAGUAAUAUGGCUGGCUUGGAAGUAACUGUGGACUUUGAGAAGCUGUUACGCUACUGCCAUAUAAAACAUGCCUGGGCACGAACUAUUCACACUUUUCAGGGGUCAGAGGAAUGCACCAUUGUCUAUGUGGUGGGGCAGGCAGGCCGCCAGCACUGGCAGCACGUUUACACCGCGGUGACCAGGGGCCGCUGCCGAGUGUACGUCAUUGCAGCAGAGUCUCAGCUCCGGAACGCAAUUACCAGACACAGCAUUCCUAGAAAAACACGUCUAAAACACUUUCUGCAAAAGGAACUUUCCAUGAGCUCAGUGGUUCCUGAGGCUCCAGCAGCUCCGUCAGACUUUGCAUCCCUGCCAAAGAGCUCAGGGGACUCCAGAGGCUCCUUCAGCACACAGCUGCCAGCGUGGCCACCCCCUGCAGCCACAGCUGCCAUGAUGCUCAACGGUAGCCCCGGAAGCCAGGCCUUUGCAGACACACAGAGAUUCUCUUCUUCCCAGGAAGUGGGUACAGAUGUACAGAAUUCGCCAACAUCUCGAGGAUCCAAAAGAACUGGUGGCAUUGAUGUAGAUGAGAGCCCAAGCAAAAUCCUUAUGGUGGAAGAACCAUCUCCACAAGUGUCUUCCAGACUUCAGAAUUUGAGACUAAACAGUUUAACUCCAAGGCAACUUUUCAAAUCCACACAUAAUCAAGGAACGUGAUUUUAUUUCAGGUUGUUCAAACUAAUUGUCUUAUGAGUUCCCCCUACUCAACACAAAAUGAACAUCAUUGCUUCAGAGUGUCAAGAUAAAAGAGAAAGUGAAGUUUCAUUUUAAGGUGUUUGUAUUUGUGGAUGUUUUUAAUUCAUUUGAUCAAAGAAAACUGAUUUCACCAUUUGUCAUCAUGAGAACUGAUAGUACUGGACACAAAAGGAGAAGAUAUAUCCCAACCAAUUUAAAAAAACACUUUAUUUUUAUGCCAUCCCCUUAUGAAUUUCUGUGAUCACUGUUGGUGACCUGUGUCAGUGGGUUGAAGCAAUGGUAAAGAUAUCCUUUGAAUGUACUGACACACUCUCUCUCUCUCUCUCUCUCUCUCUCUCUCUCUCUCACACACACACACACACACAUUCCUUCACUAUACUAUUCAGCUGUUGGCUUAUGGUGGUGUUGGGGAAUGGACCUGGGAACUUGAAUACCUCAGGCAUGGAAUUCUUUGUACAUAACCACUAGACUAUAACCCCCCCCCCCCAUCACAUUUGUUUCAUUAACAGUUUCCUUCUGGGAAGUAAAUGGUCAUCUUACAAGUCCACUUCAUACUCCACUUCAUUGCUGUUUACCUCACCUGGGACUUCUUAUGGGGAAUUUCUUUUGAGCUGGGAGCACACUGUUUUUGAUUCUGAGAUGUAAUUGAAGUAUAGCCAUAUAUAUAUAUAUAUAUCAUGCAGUGUAUUGAUUCGGUACACUUAAAUAUUGCAAUACCGUUACCACUGCAGUUAGCUGGCACCUCCAUCAUGUCUCACAAUUAUUUAUUUGGAAGCACAUUCUGAUGUACUUGGAAUAUUACAUCAUUACCUUAGGAAGUCCCUCCCCCUUCCUCUCCAGAUCAAUGUGUAUUUUUUAGAGUUGUUUUUUCGUUAAAUGAUUAAAAAGGUGUAUUUCCACUUAGGAAAAGCUACCCCAGUCUUAAAAAUCACCUCAUAGGGGUCUCUGUCUCUCUAUCUCCUCUUCUAUAUUUCUGGCUGUCUGUAUCCAAUAAUUAAAUAAAUAUAAUAGAGAUUUUAAUAUAAAUAAAAUCUUUAAAAAUUACAUUGAUAAAAUUCACUUAUCACUCAUCCAUGAAAAGUGCAGAGCACACAAGUCAGUGGCCUUUAGUACAUUGAGAGCCAUUCAGCACUGCAAGGCAGUUUGCACAUUCUAACCACCUUCUCCUGUCAAAUAAGCCCUGUGCCCCUAAGCUCUAAUUCUCUCAUCCCCAGACAACUACAAGCCUGCUUUGUCUCUUACUGAUUUGCCUUUUCUGGAUCUUUCAUAUAAAUGGAAUCAUGCAAUAGGUCGUCCUUGGUUACUGACUGCUUUGACUUAGUAUAAUAUUUUCAGACUUCAUGCUGUUCCAUGUAUGAACAUUUCAUCGCUUUUAUGAUUUUUAUUAGUGAGACAUGAGAGAGAGAGAGAUAACACCAGAGGGUUACUUUGGCAUAUAUAAUGCCAAUGAUUGAACUCAGGACCUCACACAAGUUCUGUUACUGUGCUACUUUCCCAGUCUGUAUCUCUUUUUGUUUUUUAAGAAAUGAAUAAAGAGCUGAUACUGUUUCUUUCA